GAGCAGAUUUUAGAGGGAGUGGGUGAGAGAGGUAUCAGAGAGAGAGAGAGAGAGAGAGAGAGAGUGAACGAGGAAAGGCACGGCGAUAGAGAGAGGCAGAAUACGAAAGAGCACAAACGAUUUGAUGGAAAUGGGAUAUCUCGAGCAUCCUGCUGCAGAUGAGCACUAAAAUGGAGAAGACAAAGGAAGGAGAAAGGGAAUAAUCGUACUGCUGCUUUUUUUUCCUCCUUCUUCUCUCUGCAUCCUCAUCUCCAGGGCAGAGUCUCUUCCUUAGAUCACAGCACCACAGCAAAGAGGGAAAAAAACAGGAGAAAUGAAGAGGAACGCCAGGAAUUAUUGAUACAGUCAUUUCCUUCAUGGCGUGCGUGUAAGGCACUGUGUGUGUUUGUGUUUUGUGUUUGCAUUUUUAUGGAUGCUGUGUGUUUGAUAGCAGUCUGGAUCGCCCGGAUCGCUUGCUUCCAGGCCACGCUAUAGACACAUCCUCAACUUCUCUGCUACUCUCUCUCUCUCCCUCUGUAUUUAUUUGAUGGCGUACCGGUGUGGUACAUCUUUGUCCAGCAUCUCUGCCUCCGCCUCUGUACGGUGGCACGCUAGCAAGUGUGGAGAUACUGUUGUGUCUCGUUGAGCUGAGGCCGGUCACUGCUGCCCGCCACUGCCUCUGGGACCAGCCGAAAAAGCCUAGGCCUCGGAUUGUCUGGAGCCUUCCGCUGCACGGCUAAGGUAACGGCUAGGUGAUCUGCCCGGCUGCUAGGCUGCGAGGAGCAGGAGGAGGGUGGAGGAGUAAGUGGAGGAGGAGAAGGAGGAGGAGGAGGAGGAGGUGGAGAGGCACUCGGAGCCGGCGUGCCCAUGGGAAAUCGCUCGAUCAACAGUUGCAUCCGACACAGCCGCACGCCCGACGGCCAGGCUUCUACCGCCGGCCCGACGUGAGGACGACGUGGCCCUCUCCCAGCCACAGGUACACAGCGCUCUCUGUGCCCGUCCACCGCCCAGCACGGGUGGAUCUCCGAGAGCAACGCCACGACGAGGGUGGAGCGAGAGCUCCUCCGUGCGACCGCAUCCCGACAAGGCCUCCUCCCAGCCGGCUCUCUGUGUGUAGUCCAGGCCCUUCUUUUCUCCACGUUCUGAGGAUUUGCCUAGACCUGUUUCAUGCAUGUCCACUGGAGGCAGGUUUGACUUUGAUGAUGGGGGGUCGUACUGCGGGGGGUGGGAGCAGGGCAAGGCCCACGGCCGAGGGGUCUGCACGGGGCCCCAGGGCCAGGGGGAGUACGCGGGCGCCUGGAGCCACGGCUUUGAGGUGUUGGGCGUGUACACCUGGCCCAGCGGGAACAGCUACCAGGGCACCUGGGCGCAGGGGAAGCGCCAUGGCGUGGGCGUGGAGAGCAAAGGGCGCUGGGAUUACAGGGGAGAGUGGACGCAGGGCUUCAAGGGCCGCUACGGGCAGCUGGAGAGCGCGGCGAGCGGGGCCCGCUACGAGGGCACCUGGAGCAACGGUCUCCAGGAUGGAUACGGCACUGAAACCUACUCUGAUGGAGGAACCUACCAGGGCCAGUGGCUGGGAGGGAUGCGGCACGGCUACGGCGUACGGCAGAGUGUGCCGUACGGCAUGGCGGCGGUCAUCCUCUUCCCACUGCGGACCUCUAUAAACUCCCUCCGCUCCGAGCACAGUCACGGGCCUCCGGCCGCGCUGGAGGACGGCACCAACACUGCCACCACCCCCACAGACGGGGUGGCGGCAGUGUUGGCCGGCAGCCCUGUGGGUCGGGGAGGCUUCGCGCUGACCGCCCCGAGCGAGGCAGAGCGCCAGAGGAAGAGGAAGGGACGCUUCCGCCAGUCCAUCCUGAGCGGGCUGAAGCUGCGGCGCUCGGAGUCCAAGAGCUCCCUUGCCAGUCAGCUCAGCAAGCAGAGCAGCUUCUGCAGCGAGGCGGGCAUGAGCACGGUCAGCUCCGCCGCCUCCGACAUCCACUCCAACGCCAGCGAGAACGAGCAGGGCGCCCCCGUGGACGCCACCGUCACAGAGACCUACACCGGGGAGUGGCGGAGCGACCAAAGGGCCGGCUGGGGGAUAAGUAGGCGCUCGGACGGCCUACAUUACGAGGGCGAAUGGGCGGCGAACAAGAGGCACGGCUACGGAUGCACUACCUUCCCCGACGGUACCAAAGAGGAGGGCAAGUACAAGCAGAACGUCCUGGUGAGCGGCAAGCGCAAGAACCUGAUUCCCUUGCGAGCGAGUAAAAUCAGAGAGAAGGUCGACCGGGCCGUGGAGGCUGCAGAGAAGGGGUCAGACAUCGCCAAGCAGAAGGCUGAGAUCGCCAUGUCUCGGAUGAGCCACGCUCGCGGAAAGGCUGAGGCCGCUGAGGCUGUUGCCCAGAAGUCCUCAGAAGAAUGUCGGCUUGCCCGGAUCGCUGCAAAAGAGCUCUCUCCCUCCUUCCACAUAUAUGGGAAUGGGCUCGAAUGUCAGCGACCCAAGCACCAGGACGCCAAGGACAAAGACCACGAGGUCAUCUCUACAGGAACAGACAGUCCUGAGCUCUGCACUCCGGACACCACGCCGCCCGCCAUAACACCUGAUCUCAGCCCUGUGCUGAGCCUUCCCGCCUCGCCCCCCUGCACCCCGGCCAAGCAUAGCCACCGUCCCCGGAACGCCUGCUUCAUGCGACAGAGCGCUGUGGACGACCAGAGCGGGGCGGAGAUACAGGUGCUCGUGGAGGGGCGGGGCAUGGAUCUUCACCGGGGCGGGGCCAACACCUGGACAGAUGAUAUGUAUCCCGACAGGGGAGGCAGCAGCCGCUCCACCACACCCUCCCUUCUGGAGGAGCAAGAGGGCCAAAUGAAUGGCCACGAGCAAGCCCCUUUGACCAAUCACAAACCACGGGAGAAGUCUGUAUCCAAUCACAAGUCCCGGGAGCACUCUUCUUCCUACAGAACGUGGGACCACUCUUCAUCCAAACAAAAGCCCUCAAAGCAUGCCUCUUCCAAUCAUAAGUCGCGGGAGUAUUCCUCGUCCAACCACAAAACAUGGGAUCACUCCUCAUCCAAUCACAAGCCCUGCGAGCAUGCUUCUUCCAAUUACAAGCCACAGGUGCACAUCUUAUCCAAUCACAAGGCCUUGGAGCAUAACAUGUCCAAUCACAAGACUUCCGAGCAUGCUUCUUCCAAUCACAAGUCCCAAGAUUAUAUCUGCUCUAAUCACAAUGCAAAGGACCACAUCUCUUCCAGUUACAAUCCCCGAGAGCACGCCUACUCCAACCACCACCCACCAGAGCACGGCUACUCCAACCACCAUCCAAAGCAACACGUCUCCUCCAACCACAAGCAUAGCGAGCACGCAUUGGUGGACGGCCUCCCCGGGGGCUGGACUGCGGAGAGCACCCUGAGGUGGAGCCCCGCCCACUCCCGCCUCACGGAUCACGACGAAGAGAAGCUCAACGACUACACGGUGGACAUGAGGCUGCAGUCUUCCGACGCCCGGGGCCUGGGCCAGGGGUCGCCCCCGCCAAAAAGCAGCAGGCUGCGGUCCCGAGGCCUGCGGCCGGUGAGGGAGGGGUCCAUGGACUCGGUACAGAUGCUGGACAACCUGAAUGUGGGGGCGGAGCUUGAGGACUGGCCUCUGCACAGGGACCUCACCCUCUCGCCCCCCCUGAAGUCGCAGCCCAUCGCAGUGGAGCAGGAAGGAGAGCAUCUCACCCUCAAAUCAAACUCAGGCUCCAGCUCUAUUCUGGUGGUUAUGGUCAUUUUACUCAAUAUCGGAGUAGCCAUUCUUUUCAUUCACUUCUUUAUUUAAGCUUCUACAGGUACGAUCUAUAAGACUAAGACCUGUUACCUACAGUAUACUAUUAUAUUACAUGCUGAGAUGGACAUCACGCCAAUUCGACUGGAGCCCACCACCCAUGUGACGGACAUAGCGAAGCCUUUCUAUUGUUGCUACUGGUCUUUUUACCUUUGUUGAAGCCCAUUUGAGUUUUCUAUGGCGCCAUGGUUUAUUCGGAAAGGUAUAAGCUUGGGACCAUGGUGAAAGGUAUUUGUUAAACGUCACAGGAACGCAAAGCGUGCAGCUUCAAAAUAGUGUGGUGUAGUAGCAUGCAUGGGUGUUUAUCACCCGCUGUAAAAUGGAGCGACGACGACACAGACAGUCUCCACCAUUUGUUUUCUACUCUAGAGAAUAACAGAGCACCCCAUUGGCCCACCUACUGCGACUACCAUCGAACAAAACCCCCUGCCUAAAGCAUGGCAAACACACAUCAACAAUCCCUUUUUUUGCCUUUUACUCCUGUUGUCCCCUCCUUGCCCCACCAACCCAUCCCUAUUAGCACUAUGCGCUACAGAACUAUGCUGCAAGAUUAGAUCCAUUUUAAAGGGCUCUGACAUUAUUUUGUUCUCUUUUUAACACAAAGUACAUGAACACAAGCAAGCGUCGCAUGAGGCUGUGUAGAAUUUAAAAACUGCAUUUUUCUAUCCCUUUAACAUUAUUGUUAUGGUCUUCGUUCAGAAUUCAAAUUUGUGGCACUUAAUGUCUAGGCAACUGUUGACGUUGGUGCCAUUUCACCCACACAGUAGAAUCACAGAAUCUCAGAUUGAAACUUCAUUGAUUAAUUGCUGGUCAUGAUGUUCUGUGGUGGCUCAGAGCCUUGAAGCAAAUAGAAGUAACUUCCUGGAUUUAUUGUCAAUUAAGUGGAAUUUAUGUCAACCCCACCAUUAUUGCUUCUGCACACAUCCAUUUCUAAUGCCACCCUCCCACAUCCGCACACAUGUACACAGUACACACAUUUAUGUACUAACAUAUAAAGGAGAAUUCAGCCUUGCCCCUUUGUACAGCUUUGAGACUGUUAUGUUAUAACCACUAAUUCUGAUAUAUAUGUGUAUGUGUCAUUAUAUUCAAGUUUGUUUUUGCAGUUUGCAAAACAGAGAGAAUGCUGAGUGCCUCGUAUUUACUCACUUUAAUUUGUCUAAACUUAAUUUGAACCCCCCUUCUCCUCUUCCCCCACCCCCCACACCCAUACCCUAACAACACCCCCUCUCCCUCAGCCCUAGACAAAACACCCAUCCAGGCUAAAGGGAGUUGAGUUACCUUCAAUAUGAGAAAAGGUGUGCCUACUCUCACCAUUCCCUGAAAUGGCAUGCACUGUUUUGUCUCUCUCUCUCUCUCUCUCUCUCUCUCUCUCUCUCUCUCUCUCUCUCUCUCUCUCUCUCUCUCUCUCUCUCUCUCUCUCUCUCUCUCUCUCUCUCUCUCUCUCUCUCCCCAAGUCCCCCCUUUUUGGAACAGAGGAAAAAAGGGAAAAUGGGGUUUCUACAGUGUCACAUCCCGACACUCUGGGCCGGAUGAGAUUUUUUCAGCAUGUUUGUUUAGCCUGCUCAAUCUGGUGUCAGUUUGUGAGUUUGGCCUUGUGUCUCUCUAUCCAGCAACACAAGCUACAUGAGACAUGGAGAGCCGUGUAAAAUAAACGCUAGCUUUUAACUCUCAGUGGAUACUGAAAUGUCCAGAGUUUAUGAAUGAUAUACAAUUAAACUCUCUGCUACUGUAUGUUUUAUACUUCGCACCCGGUGGCAUCAUCAUGUUGUGACAUCAUUGCAUGCCCAAGCAUGCUCUUUCUUACUCUUUGGUUUAUGAGGUUGUUUCGAAGUUAAUGUCGAGAAAAUAAUGAAAUGUUUGAAAUUAUUAUGCGAUUGGUGUGGUUAUUAUUGCGGUCACACAAACUCACAUAUUUCAAAUUAACAAAAGUCAAUAUCCCUAUUUUGCUAAUAGAAUGAUCACAUUAAUAAUGACAUCACGUCAAUAACAAUACAACGAUUAUAAUAUAUAAUAAUAAUACUAUUAUAAUAAUUAACAAAAACAAUACAUAAGAAACACACUACAAUACAUCCCUGAUAUGCUUCAGAAGUAGUGAUCAAAGAAUGUACCUUAUGACCUUCAUUUUUACAUUUUUGUACACAUCCCAUAAUAUAUUAAUGAUGACUGGAUUAGCAUUGUUCAGUGGAAUAAAGAAGACAGCUGGACAUAAACAGGCAGCAUUAUAUAUUUUAUAUGCACUACGAUGGGCUGACAUAAAGCAAGUUUGUUCAUAUUAUUGGCUGCUGAUGCUGUUUUCCAUUAAACACGCGAGAAUGGU